AUGAAGUUUAUCGACCUAUUCCGAAACUCACGGGCUGUAACUUUGACUCGUAUUAUACCUGAAGACUUGACUGUAAAACCCGGGAAUGCAUGUUUCCCAUCUCUGCAAGCGUUGACUGCAAAAAAAUCACAACGGAAUCGAGGCGAUUGGGGUGUGAAGCGGAAAUUUCCCAUUUUCAGUACCCGACAUAUAUCUGUUGACCAAUUCGAUACUCCCGAGAGUCAAUGCUCCUUUUCCCCCAGCGACCGCUUUGUGCGGACGCUGAAACGUUUACAGGAUCUGAACCUUCCGGUGACAAACAGAAAGGUUGAAGAUUAUGAUAAAUUUGCUCAGUUUUUCCUUCCUCAAAGCUUUCCAUACAGCAACGCCUAUCUUGCACAAAAACCCAACCUGCAGCGUGGUGCGCUUUACGCCAAUAUCCAACUGUUAGAUUCGUCGUCCGAACAAGAGACCAUGCGUUCUAAAAUGAACACAUUUAUAUCUACCAAAAACAUACCGUUACCAUUUUCUUACGGAAGAUCAACUGCUUCCUCAAAGGAACUUAUGUUCGGAGUAGCUGGUAUCAUCACUUCUACUGGUAGUACAAGAGAUCCACGUCCCAAUGAUAUGUCCUUCUAUGUUCAGACAUUAAGUGCGGAUAAAGAUGGUCGGAUUAUUCCGAGUUUAAACAGGAAAAAUAAAAUGCUUCAAGCGGAUGUGUUUUGA